CGGCGCGGAGCUGUGCCAGCCGCCGGGGGCGAGGCGAGGGCGCGAUGGCGCGGAGCGCGGAGGCCGUCGUGCUGCUUCUCCUGAUCUGCUUUAACUUUGGAAAUGGACUCCAUUUAGAGGUCUUAAACACAAGAAAUGAGAAUAAGCUGCUUUCUAAACAUACUCACCUAGUGCGGCAAAAGCGGGCCUGGAUCACCGCCCCUGUGGCUGUUCGGGAGGGAGAGGAUCUGUCCAGAAAGAAUCCGAUCGCCAAGAUACAUUCUGAUAUUGCAGAAGAAAGAGAACUAAAAAUUACAUACAAAUACACUGGAAAAGGGAUUACAGAGCCACCUUUUGGUGUAUUUGUCUUUAAUAAAGACACCGGAGACUUGAACAUCACCCGCAUUCUUGAUCGAGAAGAAACGCCAUAUUUUCUGCUAAUGGGUUACGCUUUCGAUGAAAGAGGAAAUAACCUAGAGAAACCAUUGGAACUGCGCAUUAAAGUUCUUGAUAUCAAUGACAACGAGCCAGUGUUCACCCAGGACGUCUUUGUUGGGUCUAUUGAAGAGUUGAGUGCAGCACAUACACUUGUGAUGAAAAUCAUUGCAACAGAUGCGGAUGAGCCCAAUACUCUGAAUUCUAAAAUUUCCUAUAGAAUCGUGUCUCAGGAGCCUGCUUAUCCUCCAGUGUUCUACCUAAAUAAAGACACAGGGGAGGUUUAUACAACCAGUAUUACCUUGGACAGAGAGGAACACAGCAGCUAUACUUUGACAGUAGAAGCAAGAGACGGCAAUGGACAGAUAACAGAUAAACCAGUGAAACAAGCUCAAGUUCAGAUUCAUAUUUUGGAUGUCAAUGACAAUAUACCUGAAGUAGAAAAGAACAUGUAUGAAGGGACGGUUGAAGAAAAUCAAGCCAAUGUAGAAGUUAUACGCAUAAAAGUGUUCGAUGCAGAUGAAAUAGGCUCUGAUAAUUGGUUAGCAAAUUUUACAUUUGCAUCAGGAAAUGAAAAUGGUUAUUUCCGCAUAGAAACUGAUACUCAAACUAAUGAAGGAAUUGUGACCCUUAUUAAGGAAGUAGAUUAUGAAGAAAUGAAGAAUCUUAACUUCAGCAUCAUUGUCACUAAUAAAGCAGCUUUUCACAAAUCAGUUCAGAGUAAAUAUAAGCCUAUGUCCAUUCCCAUCACAGUAAAGGUGAAAAAUGUGAAAGAAGGCAUUUAUUUUAAAAGGAGCACAAUUUCAAUUCGCACUAGUGAGAGCAUGGAUAAAGCAAGCUUAAGCAAGAUAAUUGGAAACUUUCAAGCUUUUGAUGAAGACACUGGACAACCAACCCGUGUAAGAUAUGCCAAAUUGGAAGAUAUAGACAAUUGGAUCUCUCUGGAUUCUGUCACAUCUGAACUUAGAUUUGCAAAAAUUCCUGAUUUUGAUUCCAGAUAUGUCCACAAUGGUACAUACACAGUAAAGAUUUUGGCUAUAUCAGAAGAUUAUCCCAGAAAAACGAUCACUGGCACCGUUAGUAUCAUGGUUGAAGACGUCAAUGACAAUUGCCCCACACUGAUCAACCCAGUGCAGACUGUCUGUGACGAUGUGCAGCAUGUGAACGUGACUGCAGAGGACCUGGAUGGAUACCCAUACAGUGGGCCUUUCAGUUUCUCCAUCAUUGACAAACCAGCUGGAAUGGCAGAAAGAUGGAAAAUAGUACACCAAGAAAGUACCAGUGUGCUACUACAGCAAAGUGAACGAAAGCUUGGGAGAAGUGAAAUUGAGUUCCUGAUUGCAGAUAAUCAAGGCUUCAGCUGCCCUGAAAAUCAAAUCCUUCACCUCACAGUUUGCGACUGUGUGGAUGGCAGUGGUUGUGUAGAAGCGCUGCGUGACUCCUAUGUUGGCCUGGGACCCGCAGCAAUAGCGCUAAUAAUUUUUGCCCUUCUGCUCUUGCUACUGGUACCGCUUUUACUGCUGAUGUGCCAUUGUGGAGAGGGCGCCAAAGGCUUUACCCCCAUUCCCGGCACCAUAGAGAUGCUGCAUCCUUGGAAUAAUGAAGGGGCACCACCUGAAGACAAGGUGGUACCCUCGAUUGUGACAGCAGAUUGCAGAGAGCUUGUAGGAGUAGGCAAUGGAGUAGGAGGUGUAACAACCAAGGAGGCCACCACCAAAGGAAGUAGCUCUGCUUCCUUUACCAAAGGGCAGCAUGAGAUGCCUGAGAUGGACGGAAGAUGGGAAGAAUACAGAAGCCUUAUUUCUGGUGGGACUACCCAGGUUGUUAACCAGGCUGCAGGGACAACAGGAGCCAUCACAGGCGCUCAAACCAUAAGGACUGUAAGAGCCACGGGGGCUUCCAGAGACCUGACCGGAGCUCAGGCAACUGCUGUUGCAGUGAGCGAUGAAUUCUUAAGAAAUUAUUUCACCGAGAAAGCAGCCUCUUACAUUGAGGAAGAUGACGUUCACAUGGCCAAAGAUUGCCUUCUGGUUUAUUCUCAGGAGGAAACUGAAUCUCUACAUGGUUCCAUUGGCUGUUGCAGUUUUAUUGAAGGAGAGCUGGAUGACCGCUUCUUAGAUGAUUUAGGAUUUAAAUUCAAGACACUAGCUGAAGUUUGUGUGGGUCGAAAAAUAAAUAUAGAUAUGGAAAUUGAGCAGAAGCAAAAGCCUGUGAGAGAAACAGGUGUGAAGACAGCUUCACAUUCACUCUAUGAGCAAACUAAGGUUAAUUCAGAGAAUGCCUACUCCUCUGGUAGUAGCUUUCAAGUUCCAGAACCCUUGCAUGAAGCAAAUGCAGAGAAAGUAACUCAGGAAAUAGUUACUCAGGAAAGGUCUGUAUCUUCUCGGCAGGGUCAAAAGGUGGUUACACCGCUUCCUGACCCAUUGGUUUCUGGUAAUGUUAUAGUGACAGAAACUUCCUAUGCCACAGGCUCCACCAUGCCACCAAGUACUGUGAUCCUGGGUCCUAGCCAGCCACAGGGCCUGAUUGUGACGGAGCGGGUAUACGCACCAGCUUCUACCUUGGUAGAUCAGCGUUAUGCUAGUGAGGGUAAUGUCAUGGUUACCGAGAGAGUAAUGCAGCAGAACAAGGGAGUCUCUGGUCCUCUGGAAGGCACUCAGCACCUGCCAAAUGCACAGUAUGUCAUGGUGAGCGAAAGAGAGAGCUUCCUUGCCCCCAGCUCGGGUGUGCAGCCCACUCUGACCGUGCCCAGUGUAGCAGUAGGACAGAACGUGGCAGUGACAGAAAGGGUGCUAAUGCCUGCUUCCACUCUGCAAUCCAGUUACCAAAUUCCUGCUGAAACCUCUGUGACGGCCAGAAAGACUGUGGUUUCCAGAGCUGGAGUCCCUGGCCCUCCGCCAAAUUCCAGUUUAGAGGAGUCUGGUCGUUCUCAUUCUACUGUAACCACCUCUUCCACCAAAGUCUCCCAGCAUAGCACUGUCCCGCACUCUCACUCCUAAACAGCAGUCAGCCACAGUCUGACCCAGAGUUUAGCUAGCAGGGACUCAUUUCAUGUUUUCAAUGGACCUGGCUUUUCAUGAGCCUUACAGACAUAAGAGGCACAUACACACUGGGCUUAAAAUUUUUCUUAGUCACUUCUACACAAAGGACCUUGCUGUCUCAGCUUCCGGGAGUGUACUUCAGCAAUGCUCCAGGAUUUACCGAGGGCAUAAUGAUCAUGCUGUGCCUUAAGUGCCUUUUAGUGACUAAAGGCCAAACAAUAUUCACAAAGCAAGUUAAACAGAGAGUAAAUCUGGCUUCUAGGAAUUUACCAAAUUAACACAGAGUAUCCAGUUCAGGAGCCAUCCAGGAGAGCCCCCCAGGAAAUUGAGUGGGCGUCUUUGCCCACCAUGUUAACCUUUAACACUGCUGUUCUAUACGCCGUGCUUUACUGCACCUAGCAGAUUAUCAACAACUCGUUUAUCCAAAGAUAAUGUGGACAGUCUGGGCGCCCAGUUUGUUUUUUUUCCUUAAGACUAGAGGCCUUUGAGUCUGUGUUAGGUUGACUAAUUUUGGAACACUGGCAUGGUAAGCACACACGUUGUACAUUUCUGUGCAUGUAACUGUGUGUGUGUAUGUGUGUGACUCUGUGUGUGUAUGUGUGUGUGUGUGUGUGUUGUAUGACCUUAAAAAUAGCCUUAUGCCUUCCUUUUGUCUCUCAAUAAUCAUGAAAAUAUUGAACACCUCAAAUUCAGUUGAAUAAUCCAGGGCAAAAUUUAUAAAUACAAAAUCCCUUUACUUUUUAUAGUGAUAAUAUACUAU